AGUCUAUUAGCCCUUUCUAUAAAGUAAGUGGACCUAUCUCAGCCUAACAAAAACUCAAAAAUGGAAGAUAUGGAAUGUCCAAUUGCUCCGCCGUGGCUAGAAUUACCACCGGAGAUAACAACAACAAUACUCCAAAAGCUAGGUCCAAUAGAAAUACUGAAAAAUGCAGACAAAGUAUGUACAACUUGGAGCCGAUUGUGCCAUGAACCGGCUAUAUGGCGUGUCAUUAAAAUGCAAAAUGCCGGCGCUGAUUUCGGGGACAGGGAAGAUGACUUAGAGAGGAUGUGCCGACAAGCUGUGGAUCGGAGCUGGGGUCAAGUAAUUGAGAUCAGUCUCGAGUACUUUGGAAGCGACAAUUUGCUCAAUUACAUCGCUGAAAGG